AUGUCGACGGUGUCUUUUUCCUCCCCCUGCGUUGUCAGAGUUGCUCCACCAAAGCAAAUCAAUAGUGCCAUCUUCAGGAACCCAUUUUCUCUUGGAUCUGUGAACAGAGUCUCAAAGUCAUUCGGCUUGAAGUCGUCUGCUGAUUUCAGAACAUCUAUGGCUGUGUACAAGAUUAAGCUCAUCGGACCAAACGGCGAGGAAAAUGAGUUUGAUGCCCCUGAUGAUACGUACAUUCUCGACUCCGCUGAAAACGCGGGGCUUGAGCUGCCCUAUUCAUGCAGGGCUGGAGCUUGCUCUACUUGCGCCGGGAAGAUGGUGAGUGGUGAAGUGGAUCAGAGCGACGGUUCGUUCCUUGAUGAGAACCAAAUGAAAGAGGGUUAUCUACUAACCUGUGUAUCGUACCCGACUUCUGAUUGUGUGAUUCACACCCACAAGGAAGGUGAACUGUACUGAAUGUUCUCGCAUUCGGAUUGGAUUAGGGCUUGCUUAUCUUGUUUGUAGCUUUUGGCGGUGGGGGAUGAUCAUAAUGGCUCUCAGGAACUCUUCAUUGAAGUUUCUCGGUAUCCAUGUUCUUAUUUUGUUGUUCUGUUGGUGAUUAUGUCGCGUGCUUUUUGCAAUAACCUUCCCUGAAGAUAAUGGAAGACCUUGCACUGGCUCUCCUCCUGUCUCAUAAUUUUCUCCCCAGAUACCUUCUUUCAAUGAUGUUGCCAGAGAAAAAUCUAGGAAGAGGAAAACAAAGGGUGUUGUAAUCUCUUUUCGGCCACGAAAAAGAGAAAUUUGACAAUCAGUGUUUGCACUUAUUCAGUUCAAACAAGCGUCAUUGUGGAGUGAA